AUGAGAGAUCCAAACUCCGACUCGGACAAGUCACACAAUGAGCAACAGACGCCUACACAGCCACCUAGGCUCGGCAUCUUGGAGUACGAGGCCAGUGAUGAUGUCAAGAGAUGGGCUAGAAGAUACAGAACUGAGUUGGCUUCCAUGUCAUCCAGCGUGCUCUCGACAUUCAUAGCGUUUCCGCUGGACUUCGCCAAAACUCGCAUGCAAUCUUACGACACUCGUUUCAUCGCAACAGUCAAGGAUGCCUACCAAGUUGAAGGCCUGCGUGGCUUCUGGAGAGGUGUCGGAACCCCCAUGGCGAGUGUCACGCUCGUGCGCACCAUAUCUUUUGGUCUGUAUCAACGCUCCAAGCACGCCAUUGAUCGCUACAUGACCCAGAUGACUGGUCAAUCUCCGCUCGACUUGGCCAACCAGAAGGGACAGUAUCCCACACUCUCUACAAUUGCCUGUUUCAGUAGCGCAGGUGCAACGGCAGGAGCUGCUAUAACAUUCAUCUCUUGUCCUUUCGAGCUUAUCAAGCUCAAUGCCCAGCUUGCUGGUAAAAUGAAGAGAGAGGUAAACCCUUCAGAUCGCCCUCAACCUAUUAGCGAUCUUCGCACUGGUGCUUUCAGAACUGCGCAGCAGCUGGUCCGGGAUCGCGGAAUCCGUGGCCUGUACUGUGGCUAUCGCUUGCAUCUUGUUCGUGAUACUAUCGGCACUGCUAUAUACUUCGGUACCUACGAGACCGUGAAGCAGGUUCUCUCGAACGGUCGCGGAAACGAACCCGCCGAGCCAGCAGCAGUAGCUCUUGCUGGAGCAACCUGCGGUAUCGUCAGCUGGGUAUUGAUCUACCCUAUCGACGUUGUCAAGACCCAAUUCCAAAAGCAUCAGCUGGAGACUGGCCGCACACAAGUCACGCGUCCGGACAUCAAGUUCUUCCAGCCUGGUUCAUAUAGAGGUCUUGGAGUGAGCGUCAUGCGCUCCGCACUUAUCAACAUGAUCUUCUUCUCCUCAUUUGAGCAGAUCAAGAAGCGCAUCAACAAUGCGGGAGACAUAUAA